AAAAUGCCACCGACGCUGGAAGUAAGCGAAGUUUGCGCAUUAACUUCCAUUACGCACUUCCAGGUAUCAGUGGAAGUUUUUUUCCAUAUUGAUUAGUUAUGUCGCUUUUGUUGUUUACCCAUUAAUUUUCCUCUAAUUGUGUUGAAAAUAAAAAAUUUAAUUUGGAAAAUAUUACGUGAAUACAUUUAAAGACGGCGUAGCAUUUGCGGCUUUCCGAUACUUUCCAACCUGACGACGAACUGCACGAUUGGUAAGACAGUCGUGAAGCAACCCCAGAUGUCCACUGGAGUGGGAGGCGGAGGAAGCAGCAUCACUACUGACCACAGCCGAUUAUAUUUCCUCAAUUCGCCAUCAACACCUCUUUCCGCGCGCGAUCCAUUUUUCAUCAAGCCGGAAUACCUCAACUAUGAAAAUCCCAUGCACCACCUCUACCCUAGCAACCGGGGUUUAAUCGACUAUAACAACUAUACUAGUGCUGCAGUAGCAGCAGUCAGUAGUAGUAGCGGUAAUACAUCCACAAACGCCGUUGCAGCUGUCGCCGCCCUUAACUUAGAGAAUACUUUCCAGCAACCUCAAUCACAGCAAUCGUCAUCAUCGUCGUCGCAGCAACAGCAGCAGACGACCACUUCAUCGACGGGACAGCAGCAAACGCAGCAAGCCCAACCGCUUCCUUUGCAACUUCAACUCAGCACACCGCCAUCAACUCGAGCGCAAAAAGCAGCUCGUCGGCGGAGCAACGAAUCAGUGGAGGCACGCCAGCGACGACUAGCACGAAACGCUGCCCGGAUGCGCGAAAAACGAGCCAAAGAAAGCGAAGAAGAAUAUCGGAUUCGCCUUGCGAAAAAUGCGGAAGCGAACCGUGUACGACGUCAGAAUGAAAAUGAAGUACAAAGAACCCUAAGACUGAUGAAAAAUGCCGCCAGACAGCGACUGCGGCGCGCUAGUGAAACUCCAGAGGAACGCAAAAAGCGCCUAGCAAAAGCUGCAGAACGAAUGCGAACUGCGCGAGCCAAUGCACCAAAGGUGUAUAAGCCACCGCUGGAGGAUCGCCUUAAGGGUUACUAAAUAAAUGAAUACAUUUACUCCAACAGGCAGCAUCAGAUCUAUCUCACAGUGGACAAGAAGACGUAUG